UAUGUUUGAAAAUGUAUGUUUUAAGAAGAUGUACCACGUUCACGUCUUGAAUUAACUGUCUGGUAAAGGCACGCUUCAGCCUGCAACAAAUCCCACAACGACGCGUCCAUUAGAAAAUAAAUACAAAAACAACAACAACAACAACAAAGUGCCCAAAAUCAAGGAUGGUUUCAAUCGUCAACAAACACCUUCAGAAAUACCUGCAACUUCUGGUAAAAGCUCAAGGGACGCUAACAGAGUGUGAGGCCAGGUCUGCUGCAGCCGUGAACAGUCUGAAGAACCUGAUAGACCAGUACCAGUGCUGCAGACAAGUCAACCCCACACAGUUACCUCCGGGUCACAGAGAUUGGGACGACGUCAAGACACGAUUGCUUUUCAAGUUGACUGACAUGAUCAACCAGGAGUUAGAGACAUUGCGUACAAGUGUAGAGAGCCUUGGCGUGCUAAGCAGCUGUUUGAGCCAGCAGUAUGGUGUGUGCAUGUAUCAGUAUAGCCAAUGUCAUGACCAGGUCACCGAUGUCACUAGGGCUACUGCUACACUGCCUUCACUAGCAGAUCUGUUGGGUAUGUGUGAGGCAUCAGAGCGACUGGUAAGAGAGCGUUUCCUGUGCAAGCAGCACCUCAUUACUAGCCUGGAUCCUGCCCAGCCUGACAGUGCAGACUAUUUCAGUAGGCACUGGGCCAGUAGAGAUGCUCAACUUCUGGACACCCUUAGAGGUAGGACCGGGGCUGGGACCUUAGAUAUCUCAUAUGAGCUGCAUUCUGGACACCCUUAGAGAAUACCUCUUGAUAUGUGAAGAAUUCAUGGAAGUGCCUGAGACUUGAAGGUGUCAUCAUAUUGAAAGAAGACACCAACCUUUACGCCAAAGAAAUACCAGGAAACUAGUUGAAGAGGUCUUGAUUGUGCUUCAGUUGUAUUGGCCUGCAGUAUUAAGCGGGUUCAAUCAGAUAUGGACAAGCAGAACUGUUAGCAGAAAACAAUUGAAUAAUUCUAUGUUUUUGUCAUGGAAGAGUCAUGCAAUUUCCCACAUUAUCAUGGAAAGCUAAAAGGUAGCCUUUAAAAUGUUCGUAUGUAACAUUUUAAUUCAUUAAAAAUCUAUUUACAUAACAAAAAUAAAAAAUCAUUCGGAAGGAAAAUUGUGGACAAACCACAGAUAAAUAUAUACAGGUACAAAUUAAAGACAGCUUCCUCUUUUCAA